UGCCGCCAUGCACGCACGCACACACACACACACACACACACGCACGCACACACCCCUAAAUACAUACACAUACACACACUCAUACAGAUGGUAUGGCUUGACAGCAUAAGCAUCACUUGCCAUGUGUGCUGAAUCUGCAUCUGUUAUGACACAGAUGGUUUUCAUUUCCCCGUGGUUCUGUGUUACAAAUAUUUAAUAGGCUUUGGUCAUUUUUAAUCAAUGUUAUGAGACCACGGCCGGAUUGUGUCAUCAUCAGCAACAAUUUGUUGUGCUAAAAAAAAACAACAAAGAAGAAUGAAGCCUCCUCUGCGAGUAUCUCCAUGCCCGUCCCGGUGAUGGGACUGCGUGACCGGUCCAAGGUGUUCAAGGACGGCAGCUGCCUGCUGACCGACGACAGCUUCGUGCUCGCCGGCUCCUUCGUGGCCUUCUUCGUGCCGCUCACCAUCAUGGUGGUCACCUACUUCCUGACCAUCCGGGCCCUCCAGAACGAGGCCACCCUGUGCUUGGACCAGCUGGUCCCACGACCUAAGUGGGGCGCUGCCUUCACGCUCAGCUUCUUCCCGCAGGCCUCGCUGUCCUCCGAGAAACUGGUGAGGCGGGAAGUGGGUGGCGGCCGAGGGAGCGGGGGUCCGGUGGGUUCGUUCUUCGGGGGGCGCACCAUGCAGUCCAUUAGUAACGAGCAGAAGGCAUCCAAGGUCCUGGGAGUGGUCUUCUUCCUCUUUGUGGUCAUGUGGUGCCCCUUCUUCAUCACCAACGUGCUGGUGGCGGUGUGCGAUGCGCCGGCCUGCGACGCCACCCUCAUGGGGGGCCUGCUCAACGUGUUCGUGUGGGUGGGCUACCUGUCGUCCGCCGUCAAUCCGCUUGUGUACACGCUGUUCAACAAGACAUACCGCGCCGCCUUUCUGCGCUACCUGCGCUGCCGCUACGCGCCGCCCUCCAAGAAGCCCCUCCAGCUCAUCCUGGUCAACACCAUCCCCCCAAUGGCAUACCCCUCCAUCGAGGGCAUACACAAUGUAUCCCCGCUCCCCGAUUUCUCCGUUGACGGUCGGGAAAAAGAGCCCCAAGAACUGGACAGAACGAUGGGAGACAAAGACGAAAGCUGCGUGUGAGCAGCGAGUUAACGGUCCUCUAUGCACACCAAGCACAGCCCGAACUUGAUUAGCAUUAGCAUUAGCUAAAGCAAAAACUUCUCAUCUAAAUCGGAUUUAUUCUAAUUCUCACUGUUGCAUUGAAACACCAAGCACAGCCCUAACAUUAAUUAGCCUAACCUAAUUAGCAUUAAAAUUAGCUUAGCAUUAGCUUUAGCAUUACUGUAUCUGUAUUAGGUAAUCUGUAAACAUUAUCCCACUUCACAUUGUCCAUUUAAAUUAGCUUUUGUCAUAACCUAUUGUGUACAAACACCAAGCAUAGCCCGAAUAUGAUUAUCAUUUGCUUAGCAUUAGCAUUGAUCCUGAAAUCCCUUUCAAUCUGACAACUAAGACGGCUUUUUUUUCCUGGAUUCUCAUUGUCACAAACAAACACGAAGCACAGCCCAAACAUGAUUAGCAAUAAAAAUAGCUCAGCAUUAUAUUACAUAGCGAGAUACUGUAGCCUGACUACAAAAAGCAUAAAAAGGUAUCAUUUUCAAAUCGUACUUCUUAACACGCUAACAGUUGCUAUUCUCACAUAUAGCAACAAUCCAUUAUUUUUUUUCGAUAUGAUGUCAGAAUUAUUCAUACUUGUUUGUACCAAAAAUGGGAAAUUCUGUCAAAAAUUGCAAUUGUGGCAAAAAUGGGAGUUGUGAUAAAAAAAAUAAAAAAAUACUGCUGCCCAAAAACAGGAAUUGCGCAAUAAAUGGGAGCUUUGUCAAAACCAGGUAAAAAAAAAAAAAAGGAUCAUGUCGAAAUGGGAAUCGUGUCAAAAUACUGAUUGGGCUAAAAAAAAAAAAAAAAAAAAACAUUUAUUUUGACAAAAAUAAGAAUUGUGCAUAGUAAUUGGAACUUUGCCAAAAGUAAUUUUGUCCAAAAUGGUAAUCCUGCCAAAAAUGGUAAUUGUGUCAAAACCGCGAAUUGCGUCAGAAUGUGAAUUGUGCCCAAACUGAGAAUUGUGCCAAAAUCGUGAAACGUCAAAAAAGGGUGAAUUUUGUCAAAAACAUAGAAGUUUUAUCAAAAUUAGCAAUUGUGUAAGAAGUGUGAAUUGUGCCAAAAUUUGGUGGGAAAGGUGGGAAAUGUCAGAAAUGGGAACUGUACAAAAAUUACAAAAAGUUUACUAAAACAGGAACUGUGCCAAAAUCGGGAACUGGGUCAAAAAUGGGAAUUGUGAUAAAAAAUGGGAACUUUGACAAAAAUGGGAAUUUUACCAAAAAAUUGCAAUCAUGUAAAAAAUGGAAAUGUACUAAGAAACGGGAAUUGUUUUUUUGAAGGGAAUUUUGCCAAAAAUUGGGAACUGUCAAAAAUGGAAAAUGUGCGUAAAAUGUUAACUGUGUAAAAAAUUAUACUGUCAAAAUUGUGAAUUGUGCCAAAAGUGUGAUUUGCGCCAACAUUUGGAAUUGGUGUAAAAAAAAAAAAGGGAAUUGUGCAAAAAUUUGGGAAUUCUGCCAGAAAUCUGUAAAUGCAUGAAAAUUGGAAUUCUGAAAAAAGUGGGAAUUUUGCAGAAAAUGGGAUCAAUGUCUAAAAUGUGAAUUGAUGAAAAAAGGAAUUGUGUAAAAAUGGAAAUUGUGUCAAAAAUGGCAAAUCUUUAUGCUAAAAAAUGUGAACUCCACAUUUUGUUUACAUUUUGUUAGAAAAAUGCAAAUUCUGCAAAAAAUGGCAAUUGUGUCAAAAGUGCAAAAUGUGCCAUAAGUGUGAAUUGUGCCAGAGUCAUUAAGUGUGUCAAAAAUGCGGAUUACGUCAAAAACCGGCCAUGUUGGCAACUGAAAGGAUUUCUGUUGGACCAGAAAAAAGUGUCACAAUGGUGGUCCUUGCAUGGAUGUGUGAAGUGGGGACACAAGUGAGGAUCUGAUGUCUGAUGUCAUGUUUAUAUGCACAUAUGUACAAAUUAUGAUGUAUAAUAAGUGUCCAGUACGUAAAGCUAUAUUUUAUAUUCUGGGCGGAGCUGUGUAAAUAAACUCAAGAGUUAGUUUUUUAAAUCAGUGAGAUGGUGGGGAUAACAAGCGCAACGUGCUGUCAGCGUCAGUGUGAACCACUCACGCGGAACAUUCCAGAAUCACAAAGAAACUGCGGGAUUAUUUUCAGUGGGAUGAUGAAAAAAAAGGUGCGUGGAAGAUGAAAGGAGCUCGGAGUCCAAUCAUCUUUCUUUUUGUCAAAUGCCAAUAAAGAUGGGAUUCUCA